AUGGACAGCAUGUUGUGCGAACUGACAACAUUAUACGUCGGGAUACUCGAAACAGUCCGUCUCCAUUCUUUACGUUACCCAUUGAUUUCGUUCACUGCUUUCCCACAGAUUAUAUGCACGUUAUUAGUUUCCAUUUUCGUCAACGAUGAUCGACCCGUACGCAUCGGGCCUGCUGGCUUGAACAGGAUAGAUCGCAUGAUUCAAAAUAUACGUGCCCAUAUGCCCGUGGAAUUCCCGCGUAAGUGCCGGGAAAUUACACUGUACAAACAGUGGAAAGCGACUGAGUUUCGUCAGCUGCUGUUUUGCAUUGGUCCCAUUGUGUUUAAGGACAUUCUGCCCCAUGAACGUUAUCAAAAUUUUCUAGAUCUAUUUAUAUCCCUGUAUUUUCUUUCUCAUCGUCGCUUUUCUGUUUUUCGCCUUGAUUAUGCACGACAAUUAUUGCUAGUAUUUGUUAACAAGUUCCAAAAACUGUAUGGCUUGCAGGAGAUGGUGUACAAUGUCCAUUGUCUGCUGCAUUUACCGGAUGACGUCUCGUCUCACGGGCCUCUGGACAAUUUUUCAGCAUUCCCUUAUGAGUCUUACAUGUUCACACUUAAGCGCCUUGUACAAAGUCCCACGUAUCCUGUUAGGCAGAUUUAUAAACGCCUGCAGGAGUCAGCAUCGUGUCUCACAAACACCCCAGAUUACCACGCCGAUUGCGAUGCGGGCUUACCUUUGAAACAAGUAUCACUGAACAAAAAGCAUUUCUUUAGUCUCGACUAUAAGGCCGUUCGCCUUUAUAUACAGCUGCCAGCUGGAUCAGUGAAGCUGAAUUGCGAAGUCAUUCGGACUUACGGUAGGUGUCAGGUAGACUGCAUUAACUUUUCAGAUGAUUUCAAAAAGGCCCGCAAACGUGAGCGGAAUUUCCAGUACACGUCGGACCUGGAGACUUUGGAUGUAACCAUUGAACUGGGUCGUAACCAUCCUCGUCGAAAGAAUACCAGAGAGCGAAGCCCCUCCCUCUCCAUCAGUCCAUCACCGAAAAAACCAAGGUUGAUGGUGCCACAACCCCCCUUACCCCAGCUUCUCGCAGGCGACACCCCGUGCCUUGUUCCACUCAACUCCAGAGUGCACACCUCAGCAUCCCGCACCCGUCCUGUCCACACCCAACCAGCCCGUCUAUACGAUGCCGCAGACGGUGCACCGUCUGCCACAGUACCCUUUAAACACCGCACCGGAGAUCCCUAUGUUUCCAGUUUUAUCCCCACUAUCUGCUCCUUUAUUCCAAACCCCAGGAAUCACAGCACUACUUCAGCAGAACAAACAGCUGCAUCGGAAAAUGGACGCAAUGGCGGAAGAUCUUUGAUACCUGAAGAUCCGCAUUGA